AUGGCAGACGACGGAGCAUAUACAGCAGACGACCCUACGCUGACCGUGGGGCCGAAAAUUGUCUGUAUCACUGAGCUCUGUGACCAACAACCGUCGGCGACGACAUCCACAUUGCAGGUUGAGGCCGAUCAGAGGACGUUAGAUUUAGCGCCACUACUAUCCCCGUGCCCAAAUGACGAACUGUUGGAAGCUCCUGUUGGAAUCUUGCAGGAGUGCGAUUAUCCAUCGACAGACAACGUAUAUAUGGUGGACGACAAUAAAUACACGACGAAAGAUGACGCGGUAGACGACCCUGCACUGAUCGUGAGGCCAAAAAUUGUAUGUGCUAUCAGUGAGCUCCGUGAUCAAAAACCGACGACGACGACAUUGACUUCGGCGGAUUUCAGGGUGUUGGACGAGCUCACCGAAGACUUACUGGUGGCGGCCGUUCAGAAGUCGUUAAAUGUACCGCCCCUAUCUCUGUGUCCGAAUGAAGAACAGUCGAAUUCUGUUUCACGUGACGACGAUAGUGUUACAUCGUCGGAAAUGGCUGUACCGUGGAUUAUUAUACCGAGGGUCUUGGACAAGUUGCUAGAGUUUGACGAAGUCUCGUCAGAAAUAAAAAAUGCAGAUACAAAAUACGGAAAGCACCUUCCGCCGUUACCGUUGUGUCUCGCGAGUGCACCGGAAGAAACACAACUACAGCCAUGUGAGUCUUCUGCUGUAGAGAUAUCGUCGACAAAAAUCAAAAGUGUAGUGACUGAACAGCUUGAUUCUCACGUGACACCGGUUAAAAUCCAGCUGUUAGAUGCACUGGCCGACGAUAGCGAUUUUGUUCCGGACGAGGCAGCCGAAAGCACGACCAUAGUUCCUAUAGUCGUGGCCAAAAGUGAUGGCGACGGGUUGGAGCCAGCGAUGACUACGAUCCAAGUAAAGUCAGUGGUGACUGAACAGCUUGAUUCUUACGUGACACCGGUUAGAAUCCAGCUGUUAGAUGCACUGGCUGAUGUUAACGAUUUUGUUCCGGACGAGGCAACCGAAAGCACGACCAUAGUUCCUAUAGUCGUAGCCAAAAGUGAUGGCGACGGGUUGGAGCCAGCGACGACUGAACAGCUUGAUUCUUACGUGACACCGGUUAAAAUCCAGCUGUUAGAUGCACUGGCCGACGAUAGCGAUUUUGUUCCGGACGAGGCAACCGAACGCACGACCAUAGUUCCUUUAGCCGUGGCCAAAAGUGAUGGCGACGAGUUGGAGCCAGCGACGACUGCGAUCCAAGUAAAGUCAGUGGUGACUGAACAGCUUGAUUCUUACGUGACACCGGUUAGAAUCCAGCUGUUAGAUGCACUGGCUGAUGUUAACGAUUUUGUUCCGGACGAGGCAACCGAAAGCACGACCAUAGUUCCUAUAGUCGUGGCCAAAAGUGAUGGCGACGGGUUGGAGCCAGCGACGACUGCGAUCCAAGCAAAGCCAGCAGCAGCAGAAAAACCCCGGCAAGGUCGUCGUAGAUCGUUCUUAUCGGCAGUGGGGAGGCGGCUCCUCAAGUUCGGGAGGACGUUAUGCUGCUGUUGCUGUUGCAAAUAA